GUUUGUGUGUUGGACUUGGGUAGGGUUAAAGCUUCAAUUCAAUGACGUAGUUUUGGCUCUUAAUAAAAAAAGAGAAAUUCAUUAAAAUAUGAGUGUUUUGUUUGUGUCCUGCCUUGCUGUUUGUCUGUUGCCCUUUGUACACACUGCCCCAGUCUCUGUGGCUUGGUGCUAUCACAUGCCAUGGUGUAGUGAUACUGUUUGGUCAACAAUAAGUAAAGAAUGCAAUGGCACUGAGCAGUCUCCAAUAAACAUUGUAACUGCAGAUGUUCAGGCUAAUACUAAUCUAACAUCAUUUAAUUUCACUGGUUAUGAUGAUGACACAAACUUAAUUGAGAUAAAAAAUACUGGCCAUUCAAUUAAGGUUGCACUUGAUCACGAGAAAAUGCAUGUGGAAGGUGGUGAUCUGCCAGGCUUGUUUACCAGUAUGCAGUUUCAUCUACAUUGGGGUAAUGGGAGUACAAUGCCUGGAUCUGAACACACAGUUGAUGGCAAACAAUACCCAAUGGAGUUGCACAUAGUGAAUAAGGCAUUAACUGAUUCAACAUUGGCUGUCCUUGGUUUCUUUAUUGAGGGCACUAAUGACACUGGGAAGCCAGAGAGCUGGAAGACGUUAACGUCUUAUCUUGCAGAUGUUGCAAAUGCAGGUGAUGAAGCGUGCAUUACCGAAUAUAUAUCCAUGAAUGAUUUGCUUCCUGGGGUGGACAGAACAAAAUAUUAUCGCUAUCAUGGUUCUUUGACCACACCCAACUGCAACGAAGGUGUGAUGUGGACGAUCUUUAAAGAGCCUGUUAAAGUCAGCAAGGAUUUGAUUGACCUAUUCAGUACAAAUGUCUUUAUCAACAAGGCAAGCAGCUCAUCCCUAAUGACCAACAACUUUAGGCAUAUCCAGCCCAUCAACGGCAGGAUUGUGACAUCACAAGUAACUGAUGUUGCUGGUCCGAUUGUACCUUUACCCACAAACUCUUGUCUAUCAGACCCUUCUGUUUCUCAGACUGAAGUAUCUCAAUCUACAUUUGAUCUAGUAAUGGAAGAAUACUGGUAAAAAAUAUUAUGUGGAAUAAGAUGUAUAUGACGAUGUUUCAUUACAUUGUCAGUUACUUUUUUUAAUGGCUAUUAAUUGUUUUAAGUGUGUAUUUUAUUUUUAGGUAAUAAAAAAUUGUCUUGUCAAAUAAUGCUCAAUCCGCUUUUAUAUUUUUACCUAAAUUCUGCUAGUUCAUUGUUACACUUCUACCUCAGAAAUGACAACUUAUUUCUUUGAAGUCAGCUCUACACACAUAGAUUUCUAAAGGUGUGUUAUGGCUUUGUGUUAAGAUUAAGAAGGUUAAAUGUACACUUUACUGUGGUUUAUUAAUUUUGUUUAAUGGGCUAUUUAUGAAAUACUGUUAUCCGUGUUUACACUAAGGGGUGUUUUAUAUACUAAUGCUGACUGAAAUGUGUUCCAAGCUUGGAUCUGUAAUCCACAUGCAGUAUAUGAAGUAUAAUUUGUGUUAGUAGAACUGUCUGUGGUUCUCCUGUCAAGAGUUGAACCACUUAAGUAUUUAUUGUAAUUUAACUUAUUUUAAUGUAUUUGUGUAAAUAAUAAAAGCUAAUC